AUGCUGAUAAAUCUGAAUGCCAUUCACGCUUUCACGGUGAGUAAUGGCCGACGAGAAACAACAAAACGCAAACAGAAUCGUAUUCUAACAAGUUUAUCGGGAGCUCUACAAUUGACUCGCAAAAAAGGGCAAUAUCAGUUCUCAAUUUAACGGAUUGUAUAAUAUCGAAUGGUGCUUGAAAAUCAAAGCGGUAUGCGUCCGGUCCAGACUCUAGACUCCAGAGCAACCCCCCGAACGAGGGACACGAUGUUGCAAACGCGCUCCACCGCACUGUUGUGUCGUUUUACGCGAACCCAACGAAAUUUUUCCGCUUUAUCGGCAAAUCACAAUCGUUUUGCCAACGCAUGUUUUAGAGAAAAACAAGUACAUUUUAUGCGAAAAUAAUAAAGUAAAGAGAAAAAUCAAUAAUGUUUGUAGGCGAUGGAGGGCGUCUCGUUCCUCCUCUUGCUCUCCACUGCCAUGUUUUUCGGCAGUUACAUCGCCGGCUCAAUACCGUUAAUGUUCAGUCUUUCAGAAGUAAGUUUUUAAAAUUUUAAUCAAAUUGUUAGCCAGAUUCCUCUUUUUGUAGUCUCGCAUCCGAUUAGUGAGUAUUUUCGGCGCCGGACUGCUCGUUGGCACCGCUCUUUCGGUUAUUAUCCCUGAAGGCGUCGAGGCUCUUUAUGAGGCUCAAAAUGGUUCGUUUUUAUUUUUAAAUAUAUUCGAACCUAAACAAAAAUACGCUGAAUAACCCCAUAAAAGAUUGCAAUUUUAACAAUUACAGAUGCCGUCCAUAAUAAAAAUCACGAACACGGAAGCAAUCCGAUCGUUUCGCCUGUUGGCGCCAUUGUAAAUCCAGCAGAAGCCAAACAAAUUCUGGAGAAUGCGAAAGAGAAAGAGGACAAUUUGCCACGGAUUAUACCCAAAGAUGCCGUUCUUAAUGAAGCGUAAGUACCUCAUUCAGAAUAUAUUCUUGUUUAAAUAGAUGAACACUUGAAAUUUUCAGAAUAGGCAGAGCCGUAAGGUCGCCUCCCGAAUCACCGAAACCUCUUAAACAUGAGCGAGGAAAACGCGACGCAGUCGUGGAAACGCAUGCGACGAACGAAGAGGAAAUUGGGGAAAAAGAGCACAGGCAUGCUCACGGAGCUGGCGGAAACAUUCAUUCGCAGAUCGGAUACUCACUAGUGCUCGGAUUCGUGCUCAUGCUCCUUGUCGAUCAAAUCGGCAGUGCUACUGUUGCUAGGAGUGAGCUUUUGGAAUCCUUGAGAACAUUCAUUCGAAACCUAAAUAUCCGAAUAAUUUCAAUUUUUACGGUUAAAAGUAAGACAAACUUCAGACGAUCGUGCCGGACGGAGUCGAAUCGGAAUAUCGGCCACCAUCGGGCUUGUCGUACACGCUGCUGGUAAGUUGUUUGUUGCAACAUUUUUCAAACUAUUUACUGUUUUCUAAUAAAUUUCGUCGUAGAAUCAGGUCUGUUUUAUAAUUGUGCCCAAAUUUGAAACUUGUUUUGAUUUUCACAAUUAAUUUUUCAUCCCAUUUCCAGCGGACGGCGUUGCUCUCGGAUCAGCAUCAGUGAUCAAUAAGUCGGAUGUGCAACUCAUCGUUUUCGUGGCCAUAAUGCUACACAAAGCACCGGCUGCAUUCGGUCUCGUCUCUUUCCUCCUCAUGGAAUCGAUCGAUCGUCGUGCAAUUCGCAAGCAUUUGAUUGUGUUCUCAGCUGCUGCUCCAACUGCCGCUCUCAUCACUUACGUGAUCAUCAUGCAAGUGAGUCAGAGAGUGACCGAAAUUGAAAACAAAACAGGCUAAAACUUGUAAUUCUGUGUUAAGAUGGGCGAGUCAAUGCGAUCCGAAUCGUCAACAGGCGUGCUUAUGCUCUUCUCGGCCGGAACUUUUCUCUACGUGGCAACCGUUCACGUGCUACCCGAAUUGGUCAGUUUUUUGCGUCUUCAAAGCUAGUUAAUUUUAUUUAUAUUCAGUCUACUUUAGUUUGAGUGAAGACUCAAGCGCUUAGAAUUCUGUGAUGUCAAUGUUUCCAGGCGAACAAUAAGCAAGCGGAGUACUCUCUAGUUGUCGACGCUACCUCCCCGGCUUCUCUCGCAGGACAUUCGCAUUCCUCCGGCCCGAGUUACACACUCAAAGAGCUCCUACUGAUCAUUGGCGGAGCAAUCGUUCCAGCAAUUCUCGCCUCUGGACACUCUCAUUGA